CUGGGUCAGUCGACCCGCUGUGUGCCUAUCCCCCACCAGAUGAGUGUGUGCCAGGACGUGGGCUACUCGGAGAUGAGGCUGCCUAACUUGCUGGGGCACAGCAGCCUAGAGGGCGAGGUGGUUCCCCGCUCGGAGGACUGGAGACCCCUGCUGCAGACCGGUUGCCAUCCCCAGGCCCAGGCCUUCCUCUGCUCCCUCAUCGCCCCCGUCUGCCUCGACGCUUUUAUCCAGCCGUGCCGUAGCCUGUGUGUGGCCGUCAGGGACAGCUGUGCCCCAGUACUGGCCUGCCAGGGCCAAGUCUGGCCAGAGGCGCUAGACUGUGACCGCUUCCCUACCCAGGAAGACAUGUGCCUGACACCCCACCCCAAACACAGCAACAGCCACCUCGCCAAAGCAUUGCCUAAGCCUGCAUGCCAAGCAUGUCCUUCCGUGGAGGAGCACCCUUCACUGAAGACAGUUCUGGAUGCUCUGUGCCAGGAUGACUUUGCUGUAACAGCCAAGCUGUCUCGCCGGCGCCUGCCCUCAGGGGAGCCAGAGUUUGAGGUGGAAGGCCGGGUAGAGUUUAUCCGCCAGGGCCCCCUGCUUCCCUACGAUACCCAGCACCUCCUCCAGCAGUGGCUGCUCAUCAACCUGCCCUGUGCCAACGUACUGGUCCGGCCCGGCCGUGUCCAGCUCUACCUGCUGACAGGCGCUGUGCAGUCCGAUGGCACCCUGGCCCUCACCCGCCUCUUCCCCUGGCACAAGAAGAACAACAGCAUCACAAUGGCUGCACGCAAGUGGAAACACCACAGGUGUUGAGUGACUGGAUGAUAGUGAUAUAAUGAAAAAUAUGAUCUCUGUUAAAUCUGUGUUGCUUAGAAUGGCGUCCUGAGUGGAAGGUCAGUUGAGUAUAUGAUGUUUCCUGAAGUUACUGACUUGAUGUCAGAGGUGUUAGAGCUGGACUCUCUCAUUGGCCCUCUGUUGCCCUCUGCUCCUUCACAGUAGCUCAGCUACAGCACACAGUAAUAGAAUGCACUCUAAAAACUAUACAUAGUAAUAGCUAAAUGUAAAUUAUUUCUAAAGAGUAUUAUUUUCUAUUUAGAUAAUGCCGUAUUUAUGUGUUUUGUAUGUUGGAUUUUUCUGUUAAGUGAGUGAAAAUAAUACGAUAAUAAAAAUGUAAAUAUGUAAUCUAUUUCUAUUGAAUUAGUGUUGGUUAUUCUAUAUGAUUCAUACAGCAUGUAGAAUAGCCAGAACCUUACAGCCAAAUAGGUGAAUGAGGAAUGGUGCAGGAGUGCAGGAUGCCCAGACAGUGAAUGGAUAAGGAAAAGUCCAAAAAUAAAAUUGUCUUACAAACAACAAAGUUCCAGCAUAACAUCUGGCAUUCACCACGGUUGUACAAUGUUACAUUUAAUUGGCAUUUCAUAUUUGUAAUAUCUGUAAUUUAUUUGAUAUUGUCUCUG